GCGGCACUGCAGUAUUGGUCGAUCCCGCUUCAGCAACACCGAAGUUGGUCGAAUUUCCUAUAUAUUAUUGAUAAAUAGCUUGCGUUGCUCGUAUAACUUUUGCCUCGAAAAUCGACGUCGGUGCUUGUAGAGAAUUUGAAGAGGGAGGCUCCCGUGGAUUGAACGCCGGAAACGCGUACACAUCAACACGAAAGGAGAGACGCAGAAACGUCGGUUGGCGAAGUACGCGCGUUGCCCCUGUAUAAGAGAGGAGGAAUCAUCGCCGAGAGGGAUUAAUCGUGCAUUGGGUGUGACGGACAUUUAUAUCCGCGCGAAUUGCACGAACGUCGUGCCGUGUUGCGUAUCGUGGAACGAACACUCGUAUUUAUCGGUGGAUCUCUCGAUGGGUGUACGUGCGAUUAUGUCGAGCGCCCCCGGGCCGAGGUGAGCGUUACAGAAGGGGGAAACUGGCCGAAAGAAGCUGCCUUCGAAUCUGUUUUUUGCUCCGCCAUUGUACGCCACAGGAGUUACCGCGAAGGAAGCCGCUUCCCUCGUUUUUCCUUCCUCCGGUCACGUUCAUAACGAGCCGAUUGUUUCGCUCGACCGUGCAAACGGCGCCCACGUCUCGCGUUAACGCACGUCUCGUGGUUACGCUGUUCACGAGGCGAAGCACGUUAGUGUGUCUUCUGUCUUUCUCUCGUUUCGUUCUAUCUUUUCUUCUUACUCUCUCUUUCUAUCUCUCUCUCUCGCACACACACACACACACACACAAGUACAUAUACAUAUACAUAUAACGAACAUUUCUCAUUUUCUUCCUCGCUCUCUUUCCCUUUCCCUCCGGUGUACACGCUUCCACUCUCGAUGCCUUCGACAUCUCUGCGGAAGUCAUAUGUGUAAAGGUUUUUCGCGUACGUGGUCAUCGGCGAGGAAGACGCGAAGUGACUCGUACGACAUUAGUGCCAUUCGCCGGGGAUACGAAAAAUCUUGCGCGUCAUUAUGCAAUAGACGACGUGCCGCUGACGAGAAAGAACUGCCUCCUCUGUUGAGGACGAGGACGGCGGUGGUGUUGUGCGGCAUGUUUUUAUCUUUGUUUUCCGAUUUCGUGCCACAACGAGGAAACGCUGCCGCUACUGCCGCCACCGCCACCACCGCCGCAGCCGCCACCGCCGCUGCCGCCGCCGCCGCCGUCGCCGCUGCUGUUACUGUUUUCUAUAUUCCGCGAGGAGUAAUCACGUGGGAAUGCGUCAAACGACGCGAGCAUACGUGCUAUUAAUCUCUAUGAUACGCAUAUUCGGCAGUGAUAUCUAGUGUAAUUAUGUGCAACGCUCCGUAUCGCAGUGCUGGCCGAGAAUUUCUACUUUUGAACAAGCUUCCUUUCCUACCUCCUCCAGUCUUCUCUCCCUGAUCGCUUCUACUCGCGGCACCGUGUGUUCCGCCUGUUUCGUGAAAACGCGCGAACAACGUGCCCGAAAUCUCGGGGCGUUCUCACACAAACCGCGUAACGAUUUCGUUUCAUCGCAUUCCAGUCUCUUAAUAACGCGUUGUUAUCGUGUUCGCCGGCAGCCGCUUGCCGCUUCAGCCCGUUCUACGCACGAGACACACUGCCUGGAAACAGUGAUCAUUGGACGAACGCUGGAAUAUUCUCCCGACUUUGAAGAACGAUCCCGAGCUCGACGUUCCUCUUCGCGUUGUUCUGCGUGUUUGGAUAAUCGUCGUGCAACGGCGAAUAUAUUUGCCCGAACGUUUCUGCGAUUCUCGACGCGCACUUCCUAUUCCAACGAGUAGAGUGCACAAGGUUUAUAUUAUGAGUUGGUCCAAAGCAUACGAAUGAAAUGUACAGAUGAAGAAAUUAAUCAAAAUGAAGAAUACCAUUGAGACAACAUAACAUUUAAUGUUGAAUAAAGAAAGUACAUGCUUUAAAAGAGGAAAGAAACAGAAGGAUAACAACAGUUAAUACAAGUGCAGGACAAUAAAUUAGUAAUGGAUGAAUGGGAGUGAGAACAGCAUAUGUGAAGUGUAGGUGUGGGUGCGUACGCACGUGGGAGCCUCUGGAUGUCGAGGCUGCAGCACUGGCAGUGUCAGUGGCAGUGAUGGCCCCUGCUCUGACGGAAGGUGGUCCUCAAAAGCCUGAAAAUUUGCUCCCUUCCCUUCCAGCUGGUGGAUUUCUUUCCCCAGAGCAGGCUACGCAGGUGUGCCAGGAUCGUGAAAUUCUGGCAAAAUUUGUUGUUUCCGCAAACGUCCAACCAUCAAAGAUUGACGAGCAGUGCUUACAUGGUAUAUCCAAGGAUCUCAUUCGUGAUGUCAUCAACUCGAAAUAUGCUAAUGAUCUUGAUAGUUUGUCUACAUUUACGCACGGAUCUGACUUGAUUACAAAGAAGGCAUUAAUAAAGCAGGACUGUGGACAACUGGGCAUUCCAGGCAGUCCAGAAAAAAAGGUGACGGAUACUAUAAUGAACGACCCAUCUAUGGGUGAUCAAGCGGACAAUAUGGGUUUUUUGAAAUCAAGCGUAGAUUUGCCUUUGGUGGGCUCAGAAACAGCAGGAGAUAAUAAAAGUCUGGAUGUGGAUCAAAUAAUGGCCUUUGGUACGGAUAUAACUGCAGACAAUGAACAAUGUAACAUGAGCAAUGUUAGUGAUAUUGGACAAAAUGUGGAGGAGAUUCUACAAGUUAUUAAAUCUAUCGAAGGUGUGGAAAAUGCAGAAAAUAUCUCUGCAGGAAGUAAUGAACCAGUGCAAAGCGCAGUGGAUGGAGUUGAGAUGUUUUCUAUGCCUGAAGAAGGAUUUUCUUCUUUUGAGAGAGAUUUACUUGAUGUUGAUGUUAUGAGCAUUUGCAAUAUCGCUGAUGCGGUGGACCAACAGAAAGUUAACACCUUAAAGUUACAGCAAGAUAUUGUUGCCCAAAAACAACACGAGAGCGAAAGGAAAUGUGCAUUUUUAUUAAGAAGACUGAGAAAGCUUCAAGCAAGAAUAAUAGGCAGGCAUGUUGCUGAAGAAAAUACUGGAGUUCUUGAGCUUGCUCAUCAUGGAGUGAAGAAAUAUCUUUUUCAAGAAUUGGUUAAUAUCGGUUCUAAGUCUAAUGUUAGAAACUUUCCUGAGAUUAAUAGUAGUUUGAGUUCGUUUUUGCAAAAAAUUGAGAAAAUGUGUGUUGCCCAGAGUAAUAGUGUGAAUCGUCAGCGAUUAUGUUGCCGAUAUUUUGGUGAUGGAUCGCGCGACAAUUUGGGUAGUACUUCAGGUAAUAAUAGCAAUCGUCAGUCAGUGUUUGGUACUCCUCAAGUUAAAGUUAAAGGUGAAGAAGUAGAAAGUGUGGCUGGACCUUUAGCCACACAGCUGCAUAUUGUGGAAUCUAAUCUUGACUCUGAUUGUACUGCAUCUAGUAGUGGUGGAGAAAGUUGUGAUGAAAUGCAAUCAUUUAAUAAUCCACAUCAACAAAGUAUAUCUAUAUCUAAACGAGCAACAUGGAGGUAUGCACAAGAUCGUGCAGGUGUAGCUGCGAGAUGGACGUGGUUGCAAGCACAAAUAUCAGAUUUGGAAUACAGAAUUAGACAGCAUAAUGAAUUACAGCGGCAUGUUAGAGCUAACAAGGGAUUAGUGAUACUUGAUAAUGCAGAAACAGUGAAUGGGUAUAGCGGUGUGUUACCGGGUUCUACGGGACGUUAUAAUUCACCAGAAGGUGAAUUGCCUGCUAGUAGAACUCGGCCGUUUGUGUGGAGUUUUUAUAGAAAGAGGAAAUUACUGCAACUAGACAAGUUACAUGAAGUCUCAAAACGUGCUGCAAAAGCAUCAACAGUAAGAUGUAAUUGUGAUCAUGUAUUACCAUCGUGUGCUUUAUGCACUGGAAGAUUGGAUCCAAUGCAACCACAAGAACCAAUUGAACAAAUGUCUGUACAAGAAAGAGUUGCACUUGUGGAUCCUAGUUUUCAUUCUGUUUUGUCAUUUCCUGAUGAAAUUACACAGGGAAUUCAUCUUGAAGCUAUCAUGAAAUCAGUGGAAUGGCAACAAAAAAUGUUAAGAGGAAAUUUACGGAUUACACGUUUAAAAGACAAAGAUACUAAUGAAAGGAGAAAUAAGAAACUUCCAGGGCAUAGAGCAAAAUAUGCAGCUCGGUUAAAAAAAUCAUCCUCAAGUAUCCUUACUGCAAGAAUUAAAAAGAAAAUGUUGAAAGGAAAACGAAAUAGGCUUGGUCAUGAUAGAAGCGUUCAUAGUUUAAGUAGGAAGAGGGUACAGAAACUGACAACUGAAGAUGAUGAUGAUAUUAGUGCACUUUCCAGCUCCAGUAAGCAUUCAUCUCCAGUGCCUUCUCCUCUACACCAUACUAUCGCUUCUACUACAGAGAAGAAUAUAAUUAAAGAAAAGAAUUCUCAUGGACGCUUGAGGCAAAAUUCAUACGAUAUUGAUAAUAUAGUUAUACCAUAUAGUGUAGCUGCUUCAACUAGGCUUGAAAAGUUACAAUACAAAGAAAUAUUAACACCAAAGUGGAGGUUAUGUGAAGAACCUUCAAAGUUGGAUAUUAAAAAUGGUGUUAUGCAUAGGCCUAGUCAAGACAGUGAUUUUGAAGAUAUGUCGGACGAAACUAUUGCUUUAAGACAUGAACGAAGUGAACGAGAAGAGAAUAAACGUUUUAUGAUGUACAUGAAUAUGCCGCAUCAAUCUCGUAUUCGACACAAUCGUAGAACAGAUAGUCGAACAGAUAGUGGUGCAAAUACACCAGAUCCUAUGUCUCCACAUGCAAGUGAUUUUGGUGGAGAUAUUAUGUCACCAAUUACGUCACCUCCGGCUACUCCUCAAGUUCAGGAAUCAGAACAUCAACAUAACUCGGAUAACAUGCAUCGAUCAUCUGCUUUACAAAAUGCUUUACGACGUCGUACAACACCUACGUUAAGAGUAGGGAAAGAUGACACUAGUACUUCGAUAAAUGAAGACGAAAACGAGAUUUUGCCGUAUGAACCAAGGGUAUUUCCAUUAUCCGAAGAAGUAUAUGACAAAAUGCUAGAAGUGAUGCCAGAUGGUCAUUGGCAAGCUUCUUCAGCAUCUCUUUGUUCCCGCGAUGAAGAAAAAACAUAUGAUGAUGGGGAAAUGGAUUCUCCAGAAUCAGAUUCGACAGAAUCAGCUUGUUGUGACGUAGAGGGUGAGGAUCCCAAUGAUCCUGAAUGGACAGUAGCUGACGAUAGGGAUACUGAAAAGGAACGAAUACGUCCGACGGCUAAGAGAUAGGAUAAAAUCUUUAAUACAUACAGUAUGUCUACGUCGUCGUUACUAUAUGCAGAAGCUACCUGUCAAUUGUUAUAUAUACCUGUCGGUCAUGUAACAUGCACCUUAAGUUAAUGGUAUUAUGAAUCUGUAAAGUGUAUUAUAAAUAUAAAUUUUAUAACUUCA